CAAGUCAAUAGAAGGUCGGCGUGUUAUCGUAGUCUCCACACCAACUAUAACCGUCUAACAGUACUGUCAUUCGGGUUGUCGCUGUUUACCAUUGUUGUCGCUAUUAUUCCGCUGUAAUUAUUUAUGACAAUAGAAUAUAUACUUGCCAGUGCCAGAUAUACCGGCCUUUUUACGACACGAUAGAUUCACCUAGCAACAAAAGCAUCCGUACCCCAGCAUCAUCAGAUCUGCUUAUAAAUUCCUAAUGAAGAAAUCGACUUCUUGCCCCGAACCCAUUGAUUGGUUCAAAUAAACACAGAUAUACCCUCGCGUGCACGCGCUGGUCAUUCUACAUGAGACAUACCUGAAUAGUCUUUGUAUUGGAGUUACUUAGAGAGUUACCUGAAUCAGAAGUGACUGUGAGUAUAAAUGAUGUGGUGAACCAACCUGUGUUUAGGUGAUAUAUUUACCCGUAACUACGUACAGAUAGAGACGUUGCACGCGCUGGUAUUCCUGUGGUUCUUGUAUUUGAGAAUUACUUACCUUAAUCAAUCUGGAUAACAUUUUUUUUUUUUAAUUUGUCGGUGUGUAAUCUAGUCAAGGAGUUCCGUUGGUGCUUGAUAUUUGUUUGUUUGCUUCUCAGAAGAAUGUUUCAACAUAAUUCUACUAUGUACUAUUUAUAAAUUACCCAAAUUCACAAUCCUCGCACUCGAAUGAUGAUAUAAGCAAUAUGAAAUGAAAUACCUUCUGUUGAACAAUGAGUCUUAAUCGGAGAGUUUCAAAGGAUCAACCGAAGAACAGCGGGAAGCUAAGCAAGGUGUCAAGGAAGAACUCGAAGGAGUCGGUGAAAGAUGUAAAUUUGAAAAAUAGCUCAAAGGUACCAGUCCUGACUAAACAGAUUUCCAAGAGAUACAUUAGAGGAGAUUAUGAAACUGGGUCCCAAAGAGGAAGUGUAAACAGUCAAGAUACGUUUACAGGAAGUGCGUCAGCCGAAACCGAUAUACCGGAAGUAUAUAGUGAUAUACAAUAUGCCUACAGUGAUGAGGAGGCUGAUGGUCAUCCCGACCAUCGUCCCUUUACCGACUCCUACCGGGGCCAUCCAUUCACGUUAGGUGGCGCUGGUAGGUACGAACAGAGGAAAAAUGGAACGACAGCUUCAGUCAAAACCGUUCCUGCGAUACCACCAGGAAAACGGAAGGAGAAUGGUGUGAAAGCAAAUCUCGUGACGUUCUAUAUAAACGGGGACCGGAACUACAAAGGAUUAACAUUAGCUGUCAGUAGUAAAACAUGGCUGAACAUUGACAAAUUAAAAGAACAUUUAACAGUGAAGAUCGGAACGAACUGGCCUGUAAAAUGCAUUUUCACAAUUCCAGAUCGUCAGUUAAUUGACGACCUGGACAAGUUCGAGAACAACAGGUCGUACAUUGUGUGUAAGGACAAAAACGCUCAGGUGAACGGAAUCCAGUAUGGUUACUCCAAGGAGAAACACUGGGUCACCAAACGACCGUCAGCAGGCAAGAUUCGCAAAAACGAUUUGACUAUGCUUAAACAGAAUCCCCCAGCAAAUUCGCCAUCGAAAAAUCGCAGAGUGAUAACUAUUAUACAGAACAAAAACAGGAUUCGGAAGGAAAAGGUGAUUUUAAAUCCGGAAACAUCAAUGUCUUUCGACCAAAUACUUAGUGAUAUGGGAGAUAUGAUUAACAUGCAUGCCACGUCAUUGUACCUGUACAAGAAACCAGAAACGAGGGUCACUUCAUACUCCCAGCUGUUUCGAGAGUUCAAGACGGUAGACGAAUUUAUUAUAUGUGGAGAAGAGCUGGUGCCUGUUCCGGAUUCUACAGGUCAGAAACGGACCGCUCCCAGCAGCAAUUCUAGUAAUGAAUCCGUCACCAGUAGGGGGAGUCGGCAGAAAAAAAUGCAGAAAUCCUUCGAUUAUGACACACAAGAGUAUGAAGACUACAGUGGAGAUAUCGAGCAAUACAGCUACCCGGACAACGACGACCGCAAGCGUUGGGAAGACAUUAUAGAGCAGGUUUCGUUUGACGAUAUACAAGAUGACGACGAGGAAAACGCUAAAAGGGUCAAAGUUCGAAUACGAGGAAAGUAUAAAGAGUAUUUCCAGCCAGAGAGACCUACGCCAGAUAACCGCUCCAGACCCAACGGGAAACUCAUAUUGGAAUGGCUUUACGGGUACCGCUCUAACGACAACAAUACCAGUAUGCUGAUGUACCACCGGACCGGCGAACUCGUCUGUUACAUGGACGCAGCCGUGGUGUUCUACAAUAGAUGCUUCGAUCAGCAGCGCUUCUACCUAGCUCACACUGAGGAAAUCACAUGUAUGGCCUUACACCCGGAGGGACGAUGGAUAGCGACAGGACAAAAAGCAGGCUCGAGUCCUGAGGAUGUGGCACACAUCCGUAUCUGGGAUGGACGAACUCUCAGUACCCAGGCCAUACUUGGUGUAGGAAUAUUCUCCUGUGGUGUAUCCUCCGUCAACUUCUCUGUGUUUCGCGAGGGGGUAUUGUUAUGCGCCGUGGACAGUAGCGACAAGCACGUGCUUACAGUGUGGGAUUGGAACCGGAAACGACUUUUGGCCAAGACUACACAGAAGACGACUACAAGACAUGUGUCGCACGCUUGCUUCUACCCAUUUGACGACACCAUUCUGAUCACCUAUGGCGAACAGCACCUCUAUUUCUGGAAGCUGUUUUGGGACCCAGGUCGCGACACGGAGGGACGCUUGCUACGAGACAAGGAGAGCGGCGCCUUCUCGUUUCCUGUCACAUGUAAACUCAACACUGACGACUCUCGCGAGAUAAUGUCCAUUGCCUUUCCUCCAAACGGUGACGUAGUAACAGGAGAUUCCACGGGAUCGAUCAUUAUUUGGGCAGUCGACCGCUCAACGCUUGUCUUCCGGUUCUACACGGUACUUCCGGAUCGCCAUCACAGAUCCGUGACCAGUCUUUGUAUGCUGCCAGACUCCACACUGAUAUCCGGAGGAGGCAAAGAAAUCAAGGCAUGGAGCACCAGUAACAACCAUUACAGAAAAACACAAGAAAGGGUGCUAGUUGAUGGUUUGGGUGACGUAGCCUCCGUUGUCCUGAAAGACAAGUUGGUGGCAGAAGGCAAACCUGCAUUCUUCAUUGGUACCAAAAACUCCUGCAUACUGGAGGGCUCGUUUGAGGACAAGCUCAAAAUGCAUAUAGAGGCCCACUACGACACGGUCUCCUCUGUAGUUUCUCAUCCAAGAGAAAACUCUUUCUACUCGGCAUCAAUGGACAUGACGGUCAAGAAAUGGUCAGCCGACAGACACGGACUUCCGGAGACAGUGAAUGUCGGGAAACCAUGCAGUUGUAUCGACAUCGACGGAAAGGGGCGCUACUUGACUAUUGGAACAGCCGAUGGUUUCGUCAUAGUUCUCGGAUCAUCAUUAAAGGAUAAAAAAGAAAUUGCCAUGAUCAAGGUUGGAGCGACCUCAGAAUUCAUUGAGUGUGUUAAAAUUUCACCAGAGAGGGAUACGCUGGCUGUAGGUUGCCAUGACGGUUGCGUGUACAUCUACAAUGACAUCAACGACGGCGCUAAGCUGGCCAUCCGAAACAACACUAUCUUCAAGGCUAACUCUGCUCCUGUCAUCAACGUCGACUGGACCAGUAACAGUCAUUGUAUACAGACAAUGUCGUCGGAUUACGACCUGUUCCAUUGGGACGUAACAGACAUGAUUGCUAGCAAGGCCGUGGCCUUCAGAGAUGCAGAGUGGCACACCCAGAACGUCACGGUCGGCUACCCAGUGUGCGGAAUGUGGACAAAUCUGAAAGACGACGACGAGGUGAAAGUGAUGGACAGAUCUCCGAACCAUGAAAGUAUCGCCGCCGGGGAUAUCAAGGGCGGCAUUCGUCUGUACAAGUAUCCAUGUGUCGGAAUCAAGCCGGAGUUCAAGGUGACACGGAUGUAUUCGAAUGAAGUAACGGCUCUUAGUUUCCUUGCAAGGACGGAUCGCCUCAUAUCAUGUGGCGGACAGAAAUCUGUCCUGGCCCAGUGGAAAGUCGAGAAAUACAUCACGUCCAAUGAACACUAAGAUUGCAAAUGCUCAAUCAAAUAAAAAUGAGAAUCAUGUUGUGGUUAAUUAUUCAUAAAAAUAGCAUUCGGUUUACAAAUAAAUGUUCAGUAUAUAGAAGGACUUUUCAAAUCGUAUCGUCUGUUAAGUACUAUACGGUUGAUCAUAGUGUAGCUGACUUAACACCGGUUUAGAAGGUUUUAUCGUGGCGACCAAUGAGAAACUGGCUUACGUAAAUGUUCAAUAAGGCGACCAAUGAGAACCUGGCUUACAUAAGUGUUCAUCAAGAUGACCAACGAAAUCUGUCUUACAUAUGAGUUCAACAAGGCAACUAAUGAGAACCUGGCUUACAUAACUGUUAAAAAAUGUGACCAACGAAAAUCUGGCUUACAUAUGAGUUCAACAUGGCGACCAAUAAGAACCUGACUUACAUAAGUGUUGAACAAGGCACCGUAUGGUACAUGUACACAUAUUCUUUACGAACAUUCAUUAGUCGCUGUGGUUAUAUAGUUUUUUUUAAUGUGAUGUACAUGUAUUAUGUUUCAGGACAGAGAAGUGUUUUUGGUAUUUUGGACGUUAUAACGGGUGUCGUGAUACGGCCAUAUGAAAUUAACAAUAUCAAAAUGAUCAGAAUUAAAUGAGAUGUGAAAUUGUAUUUCAGCUAUCACUAGAAAACUUACACUUUUUUCACUCAACUUUUUGUUGUAUUUGUCAAUUCGUCAUAUAUUUUCUAAAUGUGUAGAACGUAGAUCGUAAACGAAUAUCCUCAACGGUCAUUAUAAUUCAGCUUUACUGUACACUCGGACUGUGAUAUUUCAAUAUGUGUAUCAUACAGGUUUACUUUUUUUAAUUUUUAAAUAUCUCAAAUGUCAUCAUAAUAUGCAUUUUGCUAAUUUGAAAAUUAAAUGCAAACUACUUGAAUAUAUUUAUUUCUUUAAAUGUUAUCUCAAGUACCAAUAUCUUCUUGUUACUGAAACAUGACGUCGCCGUAUAUUUAAUUUUCUCGUUUCAUAUCUAAUCAACAUCCAUCUCUUAACCGAAUUUGGGCUCCACAGACAUCAACCGGUUGAUGUACCUAACGAAUCUCUUAUAUAUUCUUUCAAACUUGUGUUACAUUUUUAUCAACUCGUACCGCUUAUCUUUUGAUUUUGAGGUAUCACACCAGAUUUUGACCUAUCUACGUACUUCCGGUUGCCAUAUAAAGUACCGGAACUACUUUCGGGACACGGUUUACCAGUGUCACGAUUUUUAUCAUUUCUUCUCUAUCCCUGCUAUAUUGUCUUGUAAAUGUUAGGUUUGGGUAUUUCGUGCAAAAUAACGGACGUUGUGUCGUAAUUAUUUUCCGUUUUCUUCAAUAAACAAUAUUUUAGGUAGUUUCCACAAUUUCGCCAUGCCAUUGCACUUUUGAUACAGUGUCUAAUUUUAUCAGUUUAAUGUAUAUCUUGCCACUGAAACAUAGUUCUUGUUUUAUCAUUAGAUUUAUCGCCGAUUCAUUCCUGUUAGGUAGGGGUUAGAACGACGCAAAGAGCGCCACAUCUGUCGUGUUUCGAUUUCAUUAUAGGUUGCAUUAAAUCAAAACCGUGAAUGUGGAUCGUCCAUUUUCAGAGGUCGUUAGUGUGUUUGUAUUAAUACACAUUUUCACAUCUGACACAUCUGGCUCGUUCUGGUUGUAUUUUGUAUUAAAAGGAUCAUGGCGGAGCUAACAAACCCUGAUUGAUAUCUGGGCUCGGUAAAGACAUUUAAGAAAUAACCGUUAAAUUCAUUGGUCAUGGAAUUAUAUUUAAGAUUCUAUAUAUGGCAUCCUAUAAUAUCCCUUACCUUUUAUAUUGAAGCACAUAAAUUUUGUUUUCAUUGAAAUUCUUAAUUCUAUUUUAAUGAACCAUUCGACACGCCCAUUUGCUCUAUCGGAAACAUAUUGUAUCCUACGUCAAAUUAAAACUUUCAUUUUUAUUAAGAUGUCCUGGAAAGUAUCUUUUUAUCUGUAGUAGCUUUGUUUCAUUUGUUAUUUACACCAUAAAAUAUUGGUACAAUACAUAAUUGGUUUAUUUAUAUCAGAUAAGUUACACCACUGAAAUGUAUACUCUGGUUCUAUAUGCUGGCCUCCCUUGUCGCCCGUAUGUUGAAUAUGUCAAUUGUUAAGUUAAGACGUACAUACUAUUUUAUAAGAAGAUGUACUAUUUUUAUAUAUAAUUGUUUCCUUGGAAACAACAUCUGUGUUUUCAUAGUCAGACUGUGAAAUCGUUUAACAUAGUCGCAAAUUUAUCUUCUCUUUGUCAUUAAAUAACUUAUUAUCCAUAA